CAGGUCGAGAGCACGCUGUUCAGAGUUCCUCGUGGAGUUCUAGCAGAGCACUCUGAGGUGUUCCAAGGCAUGUUUAGCCUGCCUUCCGGAGGCAUUUUCGCGGAAGGUAUGAGCGAUGAAAAUCCGAUCUUUCUGCGCGAUAUCGUUAGUCAGGACUUCAAAUCUCUCUUGAAGGUCCUACUUUCUAGACUAGUUAACGAGUCUGGAGACAAUUUACCGUCCUCUAUCGAAGAAUGGACCUCCGUACUAAAGCUUUCACAUCUUUGGGGUAUGGAAGAUAUAUCUAGCUUGGCGGUGGAGAAGAUGUCGGCUUUUGCCAUCGACCCCGUUGACAAGGCAGCCCUCGCAGUUCAAUAUGACGUAAAAGCUUGGUUGACGCCGGCCCUAAAUAACAUUGCCAGGCGCGAGAAGCCACUUACAAAAGAAGACGUGGACAAGCUUGGGCUUGACUUCGUACUCAAGAUAGCUGAGGUUCGCGAGAGCUUGACACGAGUGUCCACUGGCACAAACUCUCACAGCGACGACAAUGGAGAUCCAUGUGUUCAGAGCGACAUUGGGGUCGGAAAGAGAUAUGUAGGGGACCUAGACUUCACCACGAGGAUAGACGAGGUGUUUCAUGAUUAUCUUUCCUGA